AUGGUGGAGCAAGCGACGGUUGCCCGUCGCAUCACGCACGUCAUUUUCGACAUGGACGGCCUCAUUCUCGGGUUUGUACGCGGCAUCCCAGCAGCGCAAUUGCCCUUCUUGUCCCCCCUCUCCCCCCAUCACUCCCCUUCUCCCCCACCACCCCCUCCCCUCUUCCGCCAGACACCGAGGGUCUACACCGAGGGUCUGUACACGGUGGCUCAGCAGCGCAUUCUGUCGCGAUUCAAGCGCGAGUUCACGUGGGCGCUCAAGGUCAAGAUGAUGGGCAAGAAGGCCGCAGAGGCAGCAAAGGUGGUGAUAGAGGAGCUGGGGCUGCAGGGGGAGAUUAGCGCGGAGGAGUUUCUAAAGGAGAGAGAGGCGCUGCUGAGGGAGGAGUUCCCACACUGCAAGCUAUUACCAGUGGCAGAGGCGGCACAGGUGGUGAUAGAGGAGCUGGGGUUGCAGGGGGAGAUGAGCGCGGAGGAGUUUCUGAGGGAGAGAGAGAAUCUUCUGAGGGAGGAGUUCCCCCACUGCAAGUUGUUACCAGUGAUGGAGGCAGCGCAGGUGGUGAUAGAGGAGCUGGGGCUGCAGGAGGGGGUGAGCGCAGAGGAGUUUCUGAGGGAGAGGGAGACGCUGCUGAGGGAAGAGUUUCCCCACUGCAAGCUGCUUCCAGGAGCGGAACGCUUGAUUUGGCAUCCGGUAUCAACAUUCCCAUGGCCAUCAAACCCCAUCCCACAACAUUCCCAUGGCCAUCAAACCCCAUCCCACAACAUUCCCAUGGCCAUCAAACCCCAUCCCACAACAUUCCCAUGGCCAUCAAACCCCAUCCCACAACAUUCCCAUGGCCAUCAAACCCCAUCCCACAACAUUCCCAUGGCCAUCAAACCCCAUCCCACAACAUUCCCAUGGCCAUCAAACCCCAUCCCACAACAUUCCCAUGGCCAUCAAACCCCAUCACACAACAUUCCCAUGGCCAUCAAACCCCAUCCCACAACAUUCCCAUGGCCAUCAAACCCCAUCCCACAACAUUCCCAUGGCCAUCAAACCCCAUCCCACAACAUUCCCAUGGCCAUCAAACCCCAUCCCACAACAUUCCCAUGGCCAUCAAACCCCAUCCCACAACAUUCCCAUGGCCAUCAAACCCCAUCCCACAACAUUCCCAUGGCCAUCAAACCCCAUCCCACAACAUUCCCAUGGCCAUCAAACCCCAUCCCCCAACAUUUCAAACCCCAAUCUCCCAACCCCCCUCUCCGUCGUCUCUGCCUGUUCUCAGGAGCGGAGCGCUUGAUUUGGCAUCUACACGCGCACAACAUUCCCAUGGCCAUUGGCACUGGCUCCCCCAAGAUCGAUUCGGCCUCAAGACGACCAACCGUGGAGAGCUAUUCUCCCUCAUGCGCCACUGUAUGCUCGGUGACGAUCCCGGGAUUGUCCGCGUGUCAAACCCCCCUCUCCCCUACCACCAGCUCCCACAAGAUCCACUUUGGACUCAAGACGGCCAACCACACGGCCCUCUUCUCUCUCAUGCGUCACUCUGUGCUCGGGGAUGAUCCCGAGGUGCUCUCCGUGUCUCCCUCCCCUCCUUACUUUGUAACCUCCUGCCACUGUCACCUCCCUAUCACCAGCUCCCACAAGAUCCACUUUGGACUCAAGACGGCCAACCACACGGCCCUCUUCUCUCUCAUGCGUCACUCUGUGCUCGGAGAUGAUCCCGAGGUUGUCAAUGGCAAGCCCGCUCCGGACGUCUUCAGAGUGGCAGCUGCAAGAUUCGAUCCCCCACCGUCACCAGACAACGUGCUUGUAUUUGAGGAUGCUCCACUGGGCGUUGAUGCUGCCAGGAAUGCUGGAAUGUGA